AGCCUUAACACAUACGUUUUGAACCAUUUCUUUAAUUCCAUCUCUCUCUAAAAGAGUUUAUUUUUUAGAAGAAGAAGAAAUUUAGAGAGAGAAAGAAGAGAGAGAAAGCCUUGCAUUUCUCAUGAACUGUGGUGUCGUAUUGGGUUUCUAUUGCUGGGGCUGGGAGUUCUUAACUGCCCUUCUUCUUUUCUCAUCUUCAUCUUCUUCUUCCUCCUCCUUUUCUUUCUGAUUAAAUCACUUCCCGUCAUUUAAUUAAUUACGCGUAAAUUUAUAAUAACUCUCUUAAUCUAAAUUAUUUUUGUUUUCUGGUUUCUCUCUUUUUUUAAUUUUUCUCUUUGGAAGUUAACGUACAAAUAUGGAGAUGGAGGGCACUACUAAUGACCAUGAUCAUAAGGGUUUAUUGGAAUAUGUUAGGAAAACAACGCCUCCGCCAUUUCUACUCAAAACCUACAUGCUCGUGGAGGAUUCCGGCACCGACCAUGUCAUCUCGUGGAACGGUGACGGAACAGGGUUCGUCGUGUGGCAGCCGGCCGAGUUCGCUCGUGACCUCUUACCGACUCUCUUCAAGCAUAGCAACUUCUCAAGCUUUGUCCGGCAACUCAAUACCUAUGGUUUUCGAAAGGUAGCAACAAGCCGGUGGGAGUUUUGCAACGACAAGUUCAAAAAAGGCGAACGGGAGUUACUAUGCCAAAUUCGUAGAAGAAAAGCAUGGUCUAGCAAGCAACAACAAUCCAAUAAUAUUGCAUCAAUUCAAGGCACAAAUCCACAAGAAUUUGAUGAAGAUCAAAGAUCAUCAUCAACAUCAUCUUCGUCGGAAAUCAACACCCUAGUCGACGAAAAUAAACGACUCAAGGAAGAAAACGGGGCGUUAUGCUAUGAGCUGGGUAGCAUGAAAAGGAAGUGCAAGGAGCUUCUUGAUUUAGUGGGUAAGUAUGCACAUUUAGAAAAAGAAGAAGAAAAUAAUGAUGAAAGGCCAAAAUUAUUUGGUGUGAGAUUAGAAGUUGAAGGAGAAAAAGAGAAGAAGAAAAAGAGAGCAGAGAUUAGAGAAUGCGCAAGCGUUUUAUUAUCUCAAUCAUGCAAAUAAUUAAUUAAUACAGUAAUUGAUUGUGUCAAAUUAAUUAAUGUAGAAUAAUGAUAAUCAAAAUAGCUACUUGGAAUGUAAGUAGCUAUUUAUGUAGCUAGCAAUAGCUUCCUUAGAUAUACAUACAAUGUUCGAUAGUAUACUUAUGUUUAAUGAAUGGUUUACUUUAAUUAA